ACCGUCCACCGUCCACCGUCCACCGUCCACCGUACCCUGGCACAUAACCUAUUUUUUGGAUCGAGCUUCCACCUAGAUGGCCUAAUAUCCACGAUAUGGCCUUCCUCGUCGGCAGCACGGAGCCAGUACUCCAGCGCCUCGCCGUCCCCGCCGUCUGCCUCCUAAUCGCUUUCCUAGCCUACACCUCGCAAUGGCUAUUCGCUAACGCACCGGACCUUGCUCCGGGCCCGCUCACGACCGCCGAGAUCUACAUUUUCAACGGACUUGUGUUAUGUCUAUGGUACACAUACUAUAAAGCAUGCACGGUUGACCCGGGCCGAUAUGUCUUCCCGCCGGGUUAUAUCAAGAAGAACAAGAGGAGGAGCACCCACGACUCGAGCGAGGAAGAGUUGGAUCCGCAACAGAUACAGCGUUGGUGUAAGAAAUGCGCAGCACCCAAGCCGCCUCGCGCGCAUCACUGCAAGACAUGCCGCCGCUGCAUCCCCAAGAUGGACCAUCACUGUCCCUGGACUUCCAACUGCGUCUCCCUGCAGACCUUCCCGCACUUCCUGCGGUUCCUCGUGUACACCAACCUCUCCCUCUGGACCCUCCUCGCUUUCCUCUUCCGCCGCUUCUUCGCCCUCUGGGAGACCCGCCACCUACCCGCGUAUCUCGGGCCCACGCUAUCGCAGCUCGCGCUCCUCACCGUCCUCACCUUCGCCACCGGCAUCACGAGCCUAGCCCUCGGCCUGCUGCUAAUCACCACGCUCAAGGGCUGGCUCUUCAACACCACCAUGAUCGAAAGCUGGGAAAUCGAACGCCACGAAUCCGCGCUCGAGCGCCGCUACGAAUCCUCCCGCGGCGACGCCUACUCCUCGUGGUGGGGCUCGGGCGAACACGCUCCCGGCGGCGACCGCGAAUCUCUCGACCCCGUCGAGUUCCCCUACGACAUCGGCAUCUUCGCAAACAUGGCCGCCGCCAUGGGCACGCGCGUCCCUCUACUAUGGUUCCUCCCCUUCGCCGGCGAGCCAAGAAUCGCAGCCCCGAACAGAGACGAGAGCGGCAGUGGUGGUGGCGGUAGUGAUAUAACAACAACAACAACAACAACAACAAUGAGCGGCACCGGCUGGUCCUACGAAGAAAACGGCCUCAACGACCGCGAGGGCAUGUGGCCGCCCCCCGACCCCGACAAGAUCCGGCACGCCAAGGCCUGGCGCGCACGCAAGCGCGAAGCCGACCGCGCGCUAGAGAGGGCGCGCUUCGACGGCCCCGCCAACCCCGACGACGAGCGGGAAGCGUUCCGGCGACGGCAGGAGCGGGACUUGCGGCGGUGGGAAGCGUCGCGGUCGCGCAUCCUAGGGGAGUUGGAGGAGAUGCCUCCCGAGUACUACGACGACGACGACGAUAACAACGACAACAACGACCGCGAUUACGACUUCGUCGACGAGGCGUACGCUCGCAGAGUAGGACCGGGACGCGCUACUGCUGUGGUUGUCGUGGCCGAGGGCAAGUCCGGCUGGGUGAACGCUGAUGGCGAGCACCUGGGCGACUACGGCGUGGACGAAGACGCCGAGUUCGACGAGCCGGCGGUGGAGCGGCCGCGGCGGAUACGGGAGGAAUACGUCCGUGUGGAAGAUGAGGACGUGCCUCUCGCGGAGCUGAUGCGCAGGAGGAAAGUGCGCACGAAAGAUGAUGCAGAUACGUGAUGAUGAUGAUGAUGAUGAUGAUGUAUGUCUAGGAGGUAGUUUACGAUUACUAUUGGAUAUGUCACAAUAGAAUAAAAG